GCCAUAAUGUAAGAAGGAGAGAAAUAUCAAAGCCACUCCCUCCUGCCAUUCACUCUCUCCCGCUGCCAGCAGCAGCUCACUCUCCGUCUCCGUGUGCGGUUCUUGUCCGCUUGCUUAAAAUGGACCAGGACUGGCGAGCUUUAGCCGCACAGCGAGCCGAGUACGUGUCUGAGCGUAUCCGCGGGCUGCUGUCCUCCGGCCUGGGCUUCCUCCGGGCCGAGCUGGGGCUGGAUCUGGGGCUAAAGCCGGAGGAGUAUCCGACGUGGCUCGUCCUGAGCGCGGUGCUGACCGGGCUGACGCUGCUGCUGCUGAUCGCGGCCUGCGGGCGGAAGAAGCGCCGAGCGGCGCCCGUUCGCGCGAGCUCCGGCGCCGCGGUUAAUAAGACCACGGUUAAGGCCGCCGUACCGCCGAAGGCUGUGAAGACCGAGCCGAGCGAACCGAAAAAGAAGAACAAAAAGAAAGCAGCCGAGAAGCAGCAGAAGGCCCAGGCCAAUGGACAGACGGUGGCAGGACCUCAGGUGGAAAUCAAAGUCACGGAGGAGAAAAAGAAACCCCCUCCUGCUCCUGCCUCUGCCCCAACCCCUGCUCCAGCUCCAGCUCCUGCCCCGGUACCGGCACAGCCACCUGCUGACGCCAAGGCUAAGAAAAACAAGAAGAAACCUAAACCAGAGGUGAAGCCGACCCAAGAUGUCUCCUCUACUGACGGCAAGGAAGUUGAUGAAGCAGGUGCUUGGGAAACCAAGGUCAGUAAUCGAGAAAAACGUCAGCAGCGCAAAAAAGAGAAGGGCCCUGGUGAGAGCCCUGAGGGUGGAGAUCGUGCCAGUCUGAAGAUGGAGCUACCUGUGCUUGCAGCCCCAGCUGGCACCAAAAAGAACAAGGAGUCCUCGCGUGCCAAGGCCUCGAAGGGUGACGCCAUUAUAUCCUCAGUGUCUCCUAACUGGAAUGAUGUGCACUCUGUUAACGGCGGAGGACGGACAGAGGUGCCUGUGAAGUCUACCCAAACAAAUGCUUUAAACAACGAGAAGUUGUCUGCUGGGAGAAAGACCCCUGGGCACAAGAACCGUGAGAACGCCACCUGGAAACAAGAGUCAGAGGGGCUGUGUACUGGUUUGGAUGGAAGAAUUAAAGCAGAGCAGAAGCCAGUAAACUUGACGAUGCUCGGACUAAACCCACCAGGCGGAGAGACUGGGACUAAGCCUAACUCUGAAAUAGGACAGUGGGACAGUGCACCCAGCCAAUGGUCCAACUUGAAUGGUCUUACCAACGAUGACUUGAGCUCAGACUGGAACCCUCCAAGUGAGAGAUGGGGCAAUUUUGAAGAUAACAAAAUAGAUCCCCCUGCUUUGAAAGAGAUGCCAGUUUCCAAGCCACUUGUGGAAUCAAAUGAUGACAACGACAAGGUAGAUCCUGCAGGAGGUGGAAAAUCCAAAAGACGAAAGAAAAAGAAGAGACCGGAAGACGGUUCAGUCACUGAGGUGACUCAAGGAGGUUCUGCUCCUGCAGAGAAGAGUGCGACUGUUAAGCCUCAUCCUCAUGUUCCAAAAGAUGAGGGAUCCAAGCAAAACAUCCCUCCACAGUCUUCACAAAAGAAAUCUGAUCAGAAUUGGGAACCACCGAAGCAAGUUCAAAAGAAAAAGGCCAGAAGAGAAACAUGAACCGUGAAUAACAUCCAGGAUAGCUUAUGCAAAUAGAUUGUUUAUGCAAUAAUUUCACAGUACAGAAUUUUAUACUGAAUAAAUUUACUGUGCUUUACAAAAAAAAAAAAAUCCAAAAUAGAAACAAAACUGAGUUGGAAAAACUCAGCCAAAAAAAAAAAAAAAAAAAACGACAACAACAUAAGUCUAGAGUAAAGGUGAGCAGUCCGUGGGCUGGAACACUACUAUGUGCACUAUUAUGCUACACUGAAGUUUGUUAAGGAGUACUUAUCAUCCUUGAUAUCAGACAUGCUUUCAGUGGAGCAAAACAUUCAUGAUCAUAAUUUUCCAACUGCUACUAAACUGAUUUUGAAGUUGAAUUUAAUUUGGGAAAUUUUAAGAAUCUUCUUGCUUUCCAUGCAUCACUGUUCUUGUGGCACUUCAGUGCUGCAGUUACUGUCAGAAGCCACAGAGAGGCGCCGCGAGCCGCCGUCUCCUCCAGCAGUUCCUCUGUGACCUUAGCUCCAGCAGCGAAAGGUGAAUGACUGUGGGGAAAAACCAGAGAACGGUUAUAGUACAGAGAACCUUUUUUAAUGCUAAACCUAUUUUCUUAAAGCUUUUCUUCCGUCCUGAUAACAUAUAUAUUUUACCCGUAUAACUGGGUAUGUGGAUCUUGGAGAUGUUAUGACUUCCCUUUUUAAUCAACUCGUUGACCCCAAUGCUUUAUUUCCUGCAAACUAAAGUUGAAAAAGCCACGCCAUAUGUAUAGAACUAUUAAGGGCUUUUUUUUUUUUUUUUUUUUCUCCUCUAUGGUAAAACUCUUCGUAAUUGCACUGUGCUGAAGGUUGUGAAAUACCAUGUGUAUUUUUUUUUUUUUUUUUAGUUUUUUUUUUUUUCUUGCACAAUGUGAACAUUUAGAUUUUUGUUCAUGUUCGUUCUGACUGAGCAAGUUAGCAGGUUAAUGUGAUUUUUAAUUGGGAACGUUGACGAUUAGUGCAGCUUUAAUUCCAUGACACUAAAACAGUACAAGUAUCAGGAAUCUGUUGCCUUAAUCUAUACUUAGUAGUGUAUGCUUUCUGUUCUCUUCCUCAUUUUGAAGUCUUUUUAACAGGUUUGGCGUUUUAUUGUUUCAGAUUUGAUUGAUGUCAGUGUUGCACUUGCAUGAACUUAAUAACCAUUUCUAGUGAUGAACAACGCCCUGAUUCUCUGUCCACUCGUGCAAGCACCACUCACUGUAAAUAGGCUUUAAUGAAUGAUGAAUGACGACGAUGAUGAUGAUGAUGAUGAAUGGAUGUGGGGUGGGUUUGAGGGAGGGGGGGAUUUUUAACGCAUAUUCAUAUUUGGGUUGACUUAGUGGUGUUUUGCCCUUGGUCGUUUUGUAAAUUUCAGUAGAUCAUGUCUUUCUGAGGCACUCCGGGCUAGCAUCGGAUGCCUGCCUUAGUUUAUCAUCCUAGAGGUUACUCAGACGAUGUAUUUCUACCGGUUUAUGGAUUUGAGAAUGAUCAUGUUUACUUAAGUCAAUGCAAUAUUUCUAUGUUGAUUUGUUAAAUAAAAGAAGAUCGCUAUUUGAGCUUAGAGCUGUUGAUUGAUUUGUUAAAUAAAAGAAAAUGCUGUUUUA